GGAGAUCAUCACGGGCUCUGGAGCCAAGUCGCGCGCAUAUGAGCUCUGUUACGUGCUAGCAACUUCGAAUAUGGAACAAUACGCGCCAAGCAUAGUUCAUCAACACUGGGUGAAAAGUUUUAAUUAUCUCAGGCCGGCGCCUGUCCUUGGCAUUGGAGAUGUGUCCGGGAUCAGGUUGGGAAGGAUACGUAUCGUGGGCGAGGAAACAAGAAUAGAAACCCCAGAAAAGGGGUUGAUGACGACGACGGAGCCGGUACGGAGGAAGAUAUAAAGUAAAGUGACCUCUUUCCAUCUGCCCCAACUGGGAAUAGCGACGGAUUCAUCCUCCAUCGCAACAAACAUCUUGGACGACUCAAGCCCAAGACCUCCAAAAUGCUGCACCAACUCCGCCUCCUCGCCCUCGCGGCAGCAGCCAUCAUCCUCCUCGUCGGCACCGCCAGCGCGGCGCGGUCGGCGGGCUGCGGCAAGACGCCGACGAUCCGCAACGGCGCGACGGCCACCAUCAGCGGGCGGCAGUACAUCGUCAAGCUACCCGACAACUACGACCGCAACAAGGCGCACAAGCUCGUCUUCACCUUCCACGCGCUCGGCGGCACGGCCCAGCAGGUGGCCAACGGCGGCGGCGGCACCAUCGCCUACUACGGCCUGCCGCCGCUGUCCAACAACAGCGCCAUCUUUGUGUCGCCAAACGGCAUCAGCAACGGCUGGGCCAACCAGGGGGGCCAGGACAUCACCUUUGUCGAGAACAUCGUCAAGGCCGUCGAGGCCGACCUCUGCAUCGAGACCAGCCUCCGGUUCGCCACGGGCUUCAGCUACGGCGGCGGCAUCUCGUUCGCGUGGGCGUGCGCGCGGCCAAAGGACGUGCGCGCCAUCGCGCCGCUGUCGGGCAGCCAGCUGUCCGGGUGCCAGGGCGGGACCGAGCCCGUGGCCUACUACGGCCAGCACGGCACCAGCGACUCGGUGCUCAACGUGCAGGGCGGGCGCGCCAUGCGCGACCGCUUCGUGCGCAACAACGGCUGCACCGCCAUCAGCGAGCCGCAGCCCAACGGCGGGAAGCACGUCAAGGUCGAGUACAAGAACUGCAAGGAGGGGUACCCCGUCACCUGGGUCAUCCACAACGGGGACCACAACCCCUCGCAGUCGGACCAGGGGUCCAACGUGGCGUUUGCCCCCAAGUACUCUUGGGACUUUUUCAACCAGUUCCAGGCCAAGGAGUAGGAGGUGAUGUGGCGGGAAAUGAUGAGCGAGUGUGCGGUUGGCGCUUGUACAUACGGGUGAUGGAGUAGCUGAUGUUGGAAAGCUGGUGGGCGUGGAAAAAGAACAAUGUCGGAUGGCACGAUUGCUCGACGACCCCUCGUCUACAAUGAUUCAUUUCGACUGCUUGAGCAAAGGCAACCCGCCGUUUUGAUGUUAUAUUUGGACAGAUGCGAGAGAUACGCCCGGCUUAACCCCCCAAGCCCUUGCCCGUUUGUG